CAGAAAGAACAGUCAAAAUGCAGACAGGGGACAGGACAAAGCACUAGGGACAAAAUGUAUAAAAAAAUGACAUUUUUUAAAAUUUUCAAAUUUCCCGCCGGUUCCGGCGCCCGUACGUCCCGACGUCCAAGGAACCGGAACACAGAAGCCGGAUGCCGGCAUCGGCCGGAGGAGAUGGCCGGGGACGCUGCAGGGGACACAUCGCGGGAGCGAAGGACAAGGAAUAGGCUCGGGGUUACCGCUUUUGGUACUGAAAUUUUACCCCGAGCUCCACUCGGGAAUACCACU